UAAUUUAGAAAUAAUAUUAAAAGUUAGCAUUUUUUGAAAUUAAGAUGGAACGCAUGCUCAGUAUGAUAUACUGAGCAUUCAUUUAUUUACAUGUGACAUCCUCUAUAAAGAGGGUGUCAUGUGAACAUUGCAGUUGAUGGAUGGUCCUUCUCCACCUUUCACAGUUGUAUGCUUUUUCCAAGCUUGAGCCAGUCCAUUUUUUGAUGAUGUCCUACCACAUUAGCUUGGGUCUUCCCUUUUUUUCCUUCUGCCUUCCAUCAUUCUUUGAACUGCAGUCUUCAUCAGUUUCCCUGAGGAUCUUCUUAUUAUAUGCCCAGCAAAUGCUGUUUUUCUUCUCUGAAUGCUGACCAUCAGAUUUCUUUUUAUUCCAAAUCUGCUCAUAACCAUUGGUUAUUCUAUCCAUCCACUAAUUCGUUCCAUUCUUCAUCUUAAAGGAAUUUAUUCUAUUGCCUCUUGGUUUAUUGUCUGUGACUUGCAUCUGUAUGUAGCCACUCUCCAAAUAAUUGUUUUAAAUAUUUUUAUUUUUAAUUUAUUGCGUACAUUUCUAUCUCAAUACUGAGGAUAUUUGUGUGAAAGCAGUUUUAGUUUUUUUGUUUUUAAUUUCAUAAUUACAUCUGUUAUCCUCAGUUAUCCAACUUCCUAGGUACUCAAACAUUUUUAGCUUUUCUAUUUUCUUUCCAUCCAACAUAAUCUUUAGAUCUUUGUUUUCAUCUCUUGAGAUUAUCUUAAGUUUUGUUUCAUUCACAUUUAUUUUUUAUUUGGUAUCUUGCUUUUCCCACGUCUUUUAAUCUAUUUAGAAUUUUCUGUAACCCUUCUUCAGCAUUACAUAGCAGAGAGAUGUAGUUGGCAUACCUAAUUGUAUUUAUAACAUGUCCAUUAAUUUUUAUGCUUUUGUCUAGAUUUUUGAAUGCUUCUCUCAUCAUCCAUUCAUUGUAGAUGUUAAAAAGUGUUGGGGACAAACCACAUUCUUGUCUUAUUCCUUUUUAAUCUGAAUUCAUUUGGUAUCUUCUCCCUGAUAUUUGACCAUUGCUUUUUGACUUUUAUAGAUGUUGUAGAUUAUUCUCAGUAAUUUUUUAUCAAUACUUUUUGCAGAAUUGAAACAACGGCAUUUGAUUACCACUAUCAAAGGCCUUCUUGAAGUUGACAAAACAUACAAAUAACUCUCUAUUAUGAUCAGUCAUCCUUUCUCUUAUAAGUUGUAUCAUUAUAAAGGAUUUAGUUAGACUUCUGUAGUUCUCUAUUCUUCACUGUAUGGUGUUUACUAAAACCUUUGAGGCAUGGCUUAUCAAGCUAAUAGUUCUGUGUUUAUCACAGUUAAAGGUACCAUCAGUUUUAGGAAUAGGGAUGAAGAUAGAUUUUCUGAAAACAUCUGGAAUAUCUGCCUUGAAAACUUUGUUUAAAAAAAUUAGUUAGGAUUCUGAGCAUUAUAUGUUUUUUUUUUAACUAUUAAAUAUUUUAUUGGCUUUUAUUCCUUUAAUAUAAAAUAUUUAAUUUAAAUUCCGUAUAUACCAUUUGUUUAAUCAAACUACUAUUUAAAAAAUUUUAUUAUAGAUGGUGCUCCAGAAUCAAAAAAGUUAGCUCCGAUGAAUGAUCCAUUUGGGGCUCAGUUAGCAGCUAUGCAACAGCAAAGAGCUGGUGAUCCUGGUCCAACCGCUGUCAUGGCUGAAGAAUGGAGUGUGCCUGACAAAAUGGUUGGAUUAAUUAUUGGUCGUGGCGGUGAGCAAAUAGUCAGGAUACAGUCAGAAUCUGGAUGCAAAAUUCAAUUGGCACUAGAGAGUUGUGGUGCCCCAGAAAGACCUUGUACACUAACAGGAACAAAACAGGCUAUAGAAAAAGUGAAAGAAUUAAUUGGUCAAAUAGUAAAUAGAGGUGGUCAAGCUGCAUCGUCUGAAGGACAGCCAUACGCACCCGAAGGACAGACAGUGGUAGAAAUGAUGAUUCCUGGAGGAAAAGUUGGCUUAGUCAUUGGCAAAGGAGGAGAAACUAUUCGUAAUCUUCAGGAAAGGGCUGGGGUAAAAAUGGUAAUGAUUCAAGAUGGUCCACAACAAACAGUUGGAGAAAAACCAUUAAGAAUAACAGGGGAAGCUCAGAAAUGUGAAUUUGCAAAACAGAUGGUAUUAGAUCUUAUAACUGAAAAGGAAUUAGAGGGUGCAGGUAGAGGGAGAGGAAGAGGACGUGGUUUCCAAGCUCAAGACAAUAGGCAGGACUACGGGGGUUCGGCAGGACCAGGAGCUGGUCGUGGUAGAGGAGCUGGAGGUACUGGUACUGGAGAGGCUACUGGUCAAGAGGUUCAAUACAGUGUUCCAGCUAAUAAAUGUGGGCUUGUUAUUGGGAAAGGAGGAGAAACUAUUAGGAGUAUAAACCAACAAACAGGUGCACAUGUAGAAUUAUCAAGGGCACCACCUCCAACCCCUCAUGAAAAAAUAUUCAUAAUUAGAGGUAAUCCACAACAAAUUGAGCAUGCUCAACAGUUAAUAAGUGAAAGGAUUGGUGCAGUUGGUCCUCCUGCCCAGAAUGGACCUCCACCUUAUCCAACACAGUAUCCACAGCCAUAUGGAUAUAAUCAACAACCACCACCACCUGCACAACCUUAUGCGCCUCAAGGAUGGGGUAAUGCAUACCAGCAUUGGCAGAAUCAAACAGCUGCACCUAAUGAUCCAAGUAUGUAUAAAAUGUUUACUAAAUUUUAUAUAUUGUUAAAAAGUACAGGACAAAAAGAAUGAAUUAUUACAAGGUGG